CGGUGACGUCUCCUGCGGACGUCGACUUAGUCGGCGGCGUCGGCUGCCGUGUCGGGCUCGUCCGGUGGAAAAUGGCGGAAUAUUUGGCCUCCAUCUUCGGCACCGAGAAAGACAAAGUCAACUGUUCGUUCUAUUUCAAAAUUGGAGCGUGUCGCCACGGAGACAGAUGUUCUCGGUUGCACAAUAAGCCGACCUUUAGCCAGACCAUCUUGAUUCAAAACAUCUAUCGUAAUCCCCAAAACAGUGCACAGACGGCUGACGGCUCACACUGUGCUGUGAGUGAUGUGGAGAUGCAGGAGCACUAUGAUGAGUUCUUUGAGGAAGUCUUCACUGAAAUGGAAGAAAAGUAUGGGGAGGUUGAAGAGAUGAACGUCUGUGACAACCUAGGAGACCACCUGGUGGGGAACGUGUAUGUCAAGUUUCGACGUGAGGAGGAUGCAGAGAAAGCUGUGAUCGACUUGAAUAACCGUUGGUUUAAUGGGCAGCCGAUCCAUGCAGAACUGUCCCCAGUGACUGACUUCAGGGAAGCCUGCUGCCGCCAGUACGAAAUGGGAGAGUGCACAAGAGGGGGCUUCUGCAACUUCAUGCAUCUGAAGCCGAUCUCGAGAGAGCUACGAAGGGAGCUGUAUGGGCGCCGGCGCAAGAAGCAUAGAUCCAGGUCUCGAUCCCGGGAGCGGCGUUCCAGGUCCAGAGACCGUGGGCGUGGUGGCGGCGGUGGAGGUGGAGGUGGUGGAGGACGAGAGCGUGACAGGAGGCGGUCGAGAGACAGGGAAAGAUCUGGGCGAUUCUGAGCCGAGCUGUUUUUACUGUGUGUCUGCUAGACAGUGUUGUAGUUGGUUGACAAGCCAGUUCAUAAUGGGAUUUUUUUUAAAAAAAAAACAACAAAAAUAAACAAAGAUGGGUUUCUGAAUAAAAUUUGUAGUGAUACAGUA